GCGUCACAUGUUGUUUUUCUCCAGGAUCAGCUCAGUCUGGUCCCCACUGCACUGUUGCUUCUGCCGUGGCGGACAGCGGAUAUGUUCUGCAAUGGAUUAGGGUUUGUUUUUGUUUUUGUUUGUUUAAAUAACGGUUGAUAUUAUAUAUUUAUACAGAAUUUAUUUUAUGCUGUGAGGUUAGAAAAAAAGAGGAAUUUGCUGAUCUGGACUUGAAAAGAGAAGCUGAGGGAAAAUGGCAAGUCCUCCGGCGACGGGAGGACACCUGUUAUCUAAUGGGAUGAAUGGGGUGAAGAAGUACGGGUACCUGAGGAAGCAGAAGCACGGACACAGGCGAUUUUUUGUGCUCCGGGAGCCGAUCGAUAGCUGCCCGGCCCGGCUGGAGUAUUAUGAGAGCGAGAAGAAAUGGAGAAACAAGUCCGCCGCGAAACGGGUUAUAACUUUGGACUCCUGUCUGUGCGUAAACAAACGCGCCGACGCCAAACACAAGCACCUCAUCGCCCUCUACACCAAGGACGAGUACUUCGCUGUGGCUGCAGACAACGAGCAGGAGCAGGAGAGCUGGUACAGGGUUUUGACUGAUUUAAUAGCUGAGGGGAAAGUGUACGACAGCCCUGCUUCCACGUCCUCUCUGGUGGGCUUUGAAGAGGCCAGUUACGGACUCCUCACUCCUGCAACACCUGCCUACAAGGAGGUAUGGCAGGUCAACUUGAAAUCCAAAGGUUUGGGGCAAGUGAAGAACCUCACUGGAGUGUACAGGCUGUGUUUGUCCAGCAGGACCAUCAGCUUUGUGAAACUGAACUCUGAAACAGCUGCUGUUAGUCUACAGCUCAUGAACAUCAGGAGAUGCGGCCACUCAGACAGCUUCUUCUUCAUAGAGGUAGGUCGCUCUGCAGUAACGGGGCCCGGGGAGUUCUGGAUGCAGGCAGAGGACUCAGUGGUGGCGCAGAACAUCCACGAAACCAUCCUGGAGGCCAUGAAGGCCAUGAAGGAGCUGUCCGAGUUCAGACCGAGGAGCAAAAGCCAGUCUGCUAGCACUAACCCCAUCUCUGUACCCACAAGGCGCAACCUCAACAACCUCCCCCCGAGUCAGACGGGCCUUGUGAGGAGAUCCAGAACAGACAGCAUGGCAGCCACGUCGCCAGGGAGGAAGGUCACGUCCUGUCGAAUAAGAACUUCCAGUGAGGGAGACGGAAGCGUGACCCGGCCUGUGUCCAUGUCCAUAUCUGUGAACGGGAGUCCCACCAGUCCUAACUCUGGGAAUCACCUCAGCAGGUCCCACACCCUCAGCAAUGGGCGCACUUGCAGGAUGCUAGAAUCAACUUACAACCUCCAUCACAGCCGCUCGAUGCCGGUGUCCAACUCCCCCCCUGCUGCCUCCAGUCCCAUUAGCAUGUCUCCUCGAGGCGGGGGCAGGAUCUGCACUCCUGACAAAGUUAGGCGCCCCUUCAGCUGCAGCGCCUCCAUCUCGGGCUCUCUCAGCGACACCGGCUUCAUGCUGUGCGACGAUUACAGCUGCAGCCCAGGUGAACCCAGGUUCCUUCCCCUGACUCGCAGUGACACCCCCGACUCCCUGUCCAGCACUCCUCCAUCCCGUGACACCAGCGACCCUUGUGGCUACAUGAUAAUGGAGGGAGCAAAUGGAAGCAGGUGCUGCAACGGGGGCGAGGGUCUGGCUUACAGGAAGCGAACCCACUCCCUCACCACACCACGCCAACAGAGGGUGGUGGCCCCGCUGUCCUCGGCCUCCCUGGAUGAGUACACCCUCAUGAGGAUGGCCCACGGACAGAACUCCCACUCUGCCUCACCCAAAGUGUGCUACCCUGAGGAUUACGGCGACGUUGAAAUCGGUUCAUCCAGGAGCUCCAGCAGUAACCUUGGGGACGAUGGCUACAUGCCCAUGACGCCAGGUAUAGCACCCCAGUCUGGAAAGGCAGACAACUACGUGCCCAUGAGCCCCAUGUGUGUCUCAGCACCGAAGCAGAUUGUGAACCCUCGGGUGCAUCCUCAAGCGGCUGCCAGUGGCGGUUACAAGACCAACUCCCCUUCCUCCAGUUCUCUAGAGGACAACGGCUACAUGAGAAUGUGGUGUGGCUCUAAGUCCUCCAUUGAGAGUCCAGAUAGACAUGGUGAAUACAUGAACAUGUCCCCUGGAAACCCACCUCCACUCCAGACCCCACCUGAUUACUGCUUGGGCCUUCUGGCUUCUGAACCCACAUCAAUUAGGCCAGCCUACCAGACCGGCUCCCUCACGCUACCUGCUAAACUGCAGGCCUCCAAGAAUGAAGAUAACAACCAGUAUGUACUGAUGAGUCCCCAGAGUUUGAGGCAGAGACCUGGGGAGUCAGACUAUUAUUCAGUGAUGCAGCCCAGUGCAGCUCAAACCUCACCGCUGUGCCCCUCAGCACCCUCUCCAGUCAGACACAGCCGAGCUGAGAGUUUGGCCUACAGGGGGAGGCUGGGCAGACCUAACAGGCUGUCUCUGGACACCCUAAGGACCCUGCCCAGCAUGAAUGAACAUCCCCUCCCUGGAGAACCCAGGAGCCCAGGGGAAUACAUUAACAUCGACUUCAGUGGCGCCAGAUUCUCCCCGCCCUCUGUCGUAUCUACAGAGAGGCAGUCUUCAUCGCUGGCCUCCAGUGGCGGGGGCCCAGGGAGGUCAUCUCUGGCAGACUACAUAAACCUGGAGCUGGGAUCGCACUCACCAAAGGAGGCUGACACUCCCGCUGAGCGCUUGGACACACUCCCAGAGCUAACCUUGUGCCCCUGCUCAGAGGAGGAUGGAGUAUACCAUGUGGAUAGUGAGAAAGACUCCCAGGGCCUCAGUGAUGAGGUGAAAAAUGAUUACACCGAGAUGACGUUUGGGAUGACCAGCUCGCCCCCACAGCUUGUACCUCAGAACGCAACAAGUAGCCAGAGCAGCAGAGAGAAGAUGCUCUCUAUGGAGGACCAGGACAUCCCAGAACACAUCGGGGUCUUCCUGCUCGGUGCAACCUCUUCCUCCACAGUGGACCCUGACUGCUCUGCCAAGGUCAUCAGGGCACAUCCGCAGGGACGCCGGCGCCACAGCUCUGAAACCUUCUCCUCCACCGCCACCGUGACCCCGGUCUUCACAUCCUUCGCUCGCGGCGAUGCAGUAAAGAGGCACAGCUCGGUGGAGAACAUCUCUUCCCGGAGCAGUGAGGGCUCCGACGAGGAGUACGGCAGCCCCGAGAACCAGCAGAGCUCGGCGGGCUACCCCAACAGACUCAACUACAUUGCCUUGAACCUGGAGAAGUGCGAGGACCUGGUCGGCUUCAAACCCGCCAGCAGCUGCAAAGGGGGCAUCAACGGAUUGCACACCUCACCAUAUGUCUGUUUGGGAUUCAAGGAGGCUGCAACCACUGCUAAAGACUGAAGGACUCGAUCUGUCCUCUGACUUAGCAUCCCGACUGACCUGCUGCUCAAAAGGAAAAGGAAAAAAAAAAAAAAAAGAAGAAGCAAACUUUGCCCUUUGACAGGGCUCUGUGGCCCAAAAAAAAGACUGUAUGGACCCUCAGUAUCACAAACACACACUUAGGACACAAGCAGGUCACCAUCUAUGCAUGUCUGGGAUUUGCUGAUGGCAGCACAGGUGUGUUUGUGCGAAUGGGUGUAUUAUUGUUUUGUGUAUUGGUGUGUCUCAUGUUCCCUGCACUUUUAGAGGCCAUUUCUCCUGUGACCCAGUUUUUUGGCACAAGCACAGAAGAAAAGAUAGUCAGACAAUAACAGUACUCUGAUGGUACCCAAAUACUAUUUAUUUACUUGAGGGUAGUUUUAUGACUGCCUGCAUGUGUGCAUGUGUGUGUGUUUCUGAGGUAAAGUCCGACCAACGGGUAUGCCAGUGAACAAUGAAACCUAGAAAUGGCCAAGGGAGAGAGGAUACUAAGGUACACUGAGUAUAUAACUAUAGUUAUUUAGAUAUUUUAUUUAUUUUUGGAUGAUGAAUGUCUGAAAAGACCUACACAAUGCCUUAAUGUCUAUACUGUCCUUAUGUUUUCUAUGAAAUAAGCGAUAAAUAUUCUAUUAUGGUAUGUUUGUUUGGGCCUACAUCUCUAUAUUGUUAUUUUCUUGUGGAAAGUAAAAUGUCUAGUUUACCAUUAAAAUAUAUUAUUUCAGAAAUGUGCAGUACUGUGGGGCUGCUUGAGAGCUGAUUUAUUGUAUUGAUAUUAAAGUAUUUUCUUAAUUAAUUAUUUCUUAUUCAUUGUAACUUAGUUUAUUUUUUGUCCAAUCAGAAGUGCUGGACUAAAAGAGAUAUAUUUCUAAAUGUUUUCAAGAGUUAUGCAUGUCUAUAUAAAUCAGCUCAGACCCCCACAACAUCAGGCAUCUGAACGCACUGUACCUCCCACAGUUCCUCAGUCACUUGAGCCUGAAAACCUCACACACUCCUACCUUCAAACCUACGGCCUGCUGUUUAGCUCGAUGCAAGCCGCCCUGCUGUGAUAUCGUUUGACUGUACAAUUGUCUAGUUGAGGUGAUAAUGGAGUGGGGGAAGCCAACAAAAACUGUUGAGGUUGGGGAGCCCAGUUGAGCCCAUAUCUGGUCAGCGAGUGAGGGCUGAAGAAAAGGGCAUGAGGGGCACUGAGGGGAGUGGGGCUGGGCAGCAAAGAAAAUGUAGUGGAAAAGAGGCCCACAGCCACAUGUGACACCUCCAUGGAGGUUCACGGGAGACUCAGCUGUCUGGAAAAUGUGAUUACAUGGCAGACAGUGUAACAAAAUUAGAGCUAGCUGAAGAGAAUUAUGUAAGGUUACAAGUUAAAGCAAGACUUUGUAACUGAAUUACUAUAUAAUUAUUUCAUUAUAGGAUAAUGCAUCAUCAUUAUUUACUAUUAGCCAUUGGCUAACAUUAGCCACCAUUAGCAACGCGUCAUUCCAGACCAAAUAAGUCAUUAUCUUAUUUCUCCAAGAAUGAGGAAAAUUUUUACAUUUUUUCUGUUAAAAGUUUAAUAUCUUAAAAUAUUAACAUAAUGUAAAAAUUUAAAGAGUUUAGUGUAAUUUCAAAAGCUACCAAACAGACUCUGCUAAAGUUUAACAUUAUGAAUGUUAGCAAAUAUUGCUAAUGUUAAGUUUUAGGCACAAAACCUUACAGGUACCUCUAGGCCCCGUGAACGCGGUAAAAUUUGCCUCUUGCAUUUUAGCCUGUUGUUUACACGACAACAGCGUUUCGAGUCCCUGAAAACGGUACAAUUUGAAAACGGGUUCCAGAGUGGAGCGUUUUUAAAAUAGCUCCGUCUAUGUAAACAGUGAAAGCGCUGCUGGCACACGCGCACUAUGCUUGUGACUCCUACAACCACACUGUCAACUUGUGGCCUGGCGUGGGAACUACAGCGUUUUCAACACCUUGUGGUUCUGUCUGAACACGUUACUUUUCGAAAACGGCAAAACGACACCUUUUCCACUGGAUCGUUCUUGUGUAAACGGGGCCUUACUGUGGGAAAAUGUGUCAUUUCCACUUCAGAAACCAACCGUUAAUGUGAUGAAACCAACCAUAAUUGAUGAUGGGGAAAAACUGUCACCUCAUGAAGAACAUUCAACACAAAAUCUGAAUCGAGACUCUUCCCGUGAACCUCCAGAUUGGCCACUAGGUUAUUUAUUAUCAAAGUCAUUUUAAAGCACUCUAUUUCUAUCCUGACUGUGGUCUUUGUGCCAUCUGCUGUGGCAGCUCCAACUGGCUCUCAACCCCUUUAGUGUACAGUGGAUUGUAAAACUUCAGUCUGAAUGUAUCGCUGAGCUGGUGGAAACACCACAGAAAUGUGCAAGAGUUGAAUAGUACUGGAGCCGUACCACACUAGGUCACAGGUACGGCUCUUUAUCUUCAUAGUCUUGAAUGUGUAUAUUUUGUACAUAGCGUUUAACUAAAGGAAAAAAGUCUAUCAGCUAUACAUUAGAGUUCUUAGAUUUAAACUAUGUUGCAAUGAUAUUCCUGUGUAAAGACUUUGGCUACCAAUUUUUAAAGGCGGGCUGGGUUUUUGCUUUGGGGAUGUAUAGUUUAUUGUAUUCUUUUAUCCUUUACAGUGACUAUAUAUAAAAAAAAAAUUAUCUUUGUCUAUUUUAUUAUAGAAAUCUCUUUGCCUUGUUGACACACUUUACCUAAUGGCAUAUGCAAUAGUGACAUGAAUAAAAUCUAGUUUACAACUGUGGAACCAAAUGUAAUGUUGCAUUGAUUUUUUUUUUUUCUUUAUUGUGACGAGCAGGAGCUGCUUUCCUCCGUGUACAUUUCUCUUUCUGCCAAGUGUUUUUGUUUUUCCCGUCACUGGGAACUUUGUUCCUGACAUGUCUAAAAGCGCUUUCCGCAUUUGUCCAUGGAUAGAUUGUUCCUAAUCAAUUGAUCUUUGAUUGACUCAGUUUGAAUGUGCUGUCUUCCAUUGUACAUAAGUCAACAUACUGUUUAUUGUGAUGCUCACGAGAGAUGACUAUAAUGAUUUAUAAAUUUUGGUAGUUGAGUUUUGCUUUUGUCUGUAUUAAUUAUGAAUAGCAACCUACAGAAAUAAAUGAAUUUAUUUAAAGAUCUA